AUGUCGGCGCCUCAGUAUGUUCUCAUCACUGGAUGCAGUGAUGGAGGAAUUGGUGCAUCGUUAGCAUUGGCCUUUCAACGUCGAGGUUUUCAUGUUAUUGCUACAGCUCGCUCGGUAAAGAGGAUGUCGACGCUUGAGUCCGUGGCGAAUGUCACACUUCUCCCUCUAGAUGUCACGUCCCCAACUAGUAUGCAGGACGCUCUCAAAAAGACGGUCACGGUAACGGGCGGCAAAUUACACUAUCUCGUCAACAAUUCAGGGGUAUCCUAUGUGAUGCCCACUCUCGACACGAGUAUCGAAGAGGCAAAAAAAAUGUUUGAUGUCAAUUUGUGGGGGGUACUAGCGAUGACGCAGGCUUUCAACCCACUUCUCAUUAAAGCCCAGGGUUGCGUGGUCAAUAUCGCCUCGAUGACUGCGUACUUGAAUGCUCCAUAUUGGAGUCUCUAUGCUGCUUCCAAGGCGGCCUUGAGUUCCAUGAGUGAGACGCUUCGAUUAGAAUAUGCUCCGUUUGGUGUUAGAGUUGUCACGGUUGUGACGGGUGCUGUGGAAACUAACAUCAUGUCUCACGGCGACGGAUUCGCAUUACCAGAUGGCUCCAUGUAUCGCCCUGUCUUCAAGAACAUUGAAGAUGUGGCUCGAGGCAAAAGCUUGAGUUCCUGGUUGCCUGUGGAGACAUACGCCGAACGAGUUCUCAAGGAUCUCAUGGGAGGAGCUCAUGGCAAAAUAUGGAGAGGUGGGUUAUCCUCGACCAUGCGUCUGAUCAGUUCACUUCCUGGCUUCAUCAUGGUAGGGCUUUUCUCUCCCGUCACAAUACAAUUCCAGGAAACAUAG